UGGUUUGCACGGGUGCUAACAGUUAUCCAAACAUUGAAACAUACCAUUUAUCUUUGUUCCAAGGCUUGAUGCAUGCCAGUAGUAUCCUUGUUGGUCUUUUGCCAGUUUGCCUUGUCUAGUUAUACAUGUGGAUGUUAAAAAAAACCACAAAGCUUUUUAAUUCAAGCAUGUCCCCCUUGAUCGGUUUUUUUUUUCUUAAUUUUUUCUUCUUCUUCUUCUUUGUGUUGUUUCUAUGUUUGAAUAUGGAAAUAGGAAACAGAGUACAGCCUCAAGUUUAAUAGACAUUGGUACAAACAGAAUAGCUUAGUACAUGGAUUUGUGGUCUGUAAUUGUUAGUGUGUAGAAGUUUAUGUUCAUGGUUUAAUUUCACUCACACAAGUGAGAAAUUGGACCAGGAAGAUAGAAAUAUAAGAGAUAUAAUAUAGUCGAUGUGAUAAAAAAAGGAGAGAAAGUUAAAAUGAGAAAUUAUGUGAGAUGAGAUAAAAAGAGAAAUAUGAGUAUGAAUUAAAGUAUCACAACUCUAAAUCCAUCAUUCUUCCUCGCUGCCUUUGGUUAUGGAUUUUUUAUAAUAAGCAAAAGAAAAUAAUAUUGAUAUAUGGAAAAUAGACUAGAGUAAUGAUUUAUACCCAUUCGUAUAGUGAAAACAUUCAACCGACACUCGAAGUAUAUGUCAAAUGAUUGUAUUCCCCGAAUAUGUAUUUGAAAAUAUUUUAAAGAGUGUUUCUUUUUUUACAUCAGAAAGAUAAAUUACAGCCAUUAAAGAUCAAUCCCUGGACCUCUCUCACUCAACUCAAAAGAGUGUCUAUCUUAUUAGUGUAGAUAUAUCUAAACCAUUUUAGUAAGCUUUCAAUUCAUGAGUUUUUUUGAAGUAGUUAUAAUUUUUUGACUUUUUUACCGGUGAUAAAUAUUUCCCUAUUGCAACUGCAUUUUUGGUCUAAAUCCUAAAGCAUGCGAGAAUUGGUCAAUUAACUUAGCACAAAGGACAUGUAUGACAUUUGCAUAAAUCCACAAGGUUAAGUGUUGAGUUUGAUAAGAUUGUCAAUGACAGCAAAGCUAACUACCAAUCCACAUGACACAAACACCAAACAAAUCAUAACCGCAAACUGUAUUCAGCAAUGAAAUACUCCUUGACUUGGGAAACAAGCAGCAAGGAUAAGUGCUCUUUCUCAUCGCUUUGGAUGACUCAAACCGACGCUAUUGAAACAAUUUUAGCAUCUGAGUUGAGGCUGACACUAAAUUUGAGACAAGAAUUGUGCUCACAAAGCCAUCCAUGCUGGAAAGGCAUUCAGAUUCGAAUGAGAAUAAUAAGGCUUCAAAUAUUUUGAAGCACGUACUGAAUCUCUUUAAGAGCUUGCGGCCAGGAUCUGAUCUCUCAUCCUUUAAGCUUCCCCCUGUCUUCAACAUGCCCAAGUCACAACUUCAAUGCUCUGCUGAAUGUGUAUAUUCCACUGCAUUUGACUUGCUAAGCAGCCUCAACAAUGGCAAAACACCAUUGGAUAGAUUCAUAUCAGUUGUAGCAUGGAGCAUUUCCACCACACGCCCAACAAAGUUUGGAGCUGCUCCCUAUAAUCCAAUUCUCGGUGAGACUCACCAUGUUUCCAAGGGAAACCUUAAUGUCUUACUAGAACAGGUUUCUCACCACCCUCCAGUAUCAGCCCUCCAUGCCACUGAUCAAAAGGAAAACAUAGAAAUUAUAUGGUGUCAGAUCCCUGUUCCAAAGUUUAUUGGUAAAAUUAUUUCACCAAUAUGUUGUGUGAUGAAACAAAAUCAAUUUCUACUUUUUUCUAAAUGUACUGCAGUAGAAGCUAAGGUGCAUGGCAAACGACAGCUGAAGCUCCACAAUCAUGGAGAGACGUAUGAAAUGAGUUCACCUCAUAUUCUAUUCAGAUUUCUUCCAGUUCCUGGGACUGAUUGGUUUGGCAAUGUUAGAAUUCAGUGUCUAGAAACAGGGCUUGUGGCAGAUUUAACAUACAUGAGCCAAUCGUUCUUUGGAUUUAGGGGGAACCGAAGACUGAUAAAAGGGAAGAUUUUUGACUCCUUGUCAAUGAAGGUUCUUUAUGAAAUUCAUGGUCAUUGGGAUAGUACUGUAACAGUGAAAGAUACAACUAAUGAAGAAAUAAGAGUUAUAUAUGAUGCAAAAAAAACUAUUUCAGGCCUCCAAGCUCCUUUUGUUAAGGAUCCAGAGAAUGUGUGGACAACAGAAUCAGCUCUUGUUUGGAGUGAGUUGAGCCAAGCCAUCCUGAGCAAAGACUGGGAAAAAGCAAGAGAGGCAAAAAACACUGUUGAGGACAGGCAGAGGAAGUUAAUGAGAGAAAGAGAGUCAAAAGGGGAAACAUGGGUUCCUAAACACUUCAUAGUGUCUAAAAGCCAAGAGGGUUGGGAUUGUUCACCAAUUCAAAAGUGGGUCCCAACUGCCCCUAUUGCCACCUUGUAAAAUUUCUUUGAAUGAUUGCAUCGUUAUCUUUAGAUACACGUAGAUUCACACAUCGGAAGAUGACUUGAUUUUGGGAGAAGCUACUCAUAGCAUCUUUUGUGGUAGCAUAAUUAAUUCUGAAAGAUAAGAACAUGAAUUUUAAAACGCAAUGGUUGUAUGUUUAUGCUAGAAAGAAAGAGCAUUGUAAAAUUUCACUUGUUAAAGUCAUAGUAGCUAGACCAGCCAAUUAGUUCAUCUGGUAAUAUUGGUGGUGAAUUCUAGUUUGUAAGUAGGAAAAUGAAUCCUCCAAUUUGUUUUUCAAAGAAAGAAAAUUGCUGAAACACAA